ACCCCUAAUCCAAUUCAGACCACGAAAAACCAACUACAUCAGUUCAUGGCGACCCCCAACCCCACCAGAUUCUCCCUUGCCAUGGAGAGAACCGGGCAAUGGGUUUUUUCCCCACAAAUCCCAACCGAUGUUAUUGUUGCAGUUGGAGAAGACAACUUUUCUCUCCACAAGUUUAUUUUGGCGGCAAAGAGCAACUACAUCAGAAAGGUGAUAAUGGAAUCAGAGGAGAGUGACCUAACCAGAAUAGACCUCACGAACAUACCUGGAGGCAAAGAAACUUUCGAGAAAGCGGCGAAAUUCUGUUACGGCGUAAACUUCGAGAUCACCGUUCACAACGUCACCGCGCUGCACUGCGCCGCCGUGUUCCUUCAGAUGACCGACGAGUAUUGCGACGGCAACCUCGCCGGAAGAACCAACGACUUCCUCUCUCAGGUCGGCCUCUCCACUCUCCACAGCGCUGUCGCCGUCCUCAACUCCUGCAGCCAGCUUCUCCCCUUCGCCGCUGAGGUCAAGGUCGUUGACCGCUGCGUCGACGUCAUCAGCUCCAAGGUUUGCAGCGAGGCGAACUUCCCGAGCCAGUCGCCGCCGAACUGGUGGACCGAGGAGCUCGCCGCGCUCCACGUCGAUUCUUUCGUGAAGGUGAUCGCAGCCAUGAAGCAGCGCGGCGCGAAGUACCUAACCGUCGCCGGAGCGUUGAUCACGUACACCGAACGUGCGCUGCGGGAGCUGGUCCGCGACCAGACCGGCGGCGGGAGAGGAAUCCGGUCAACGAAAUUCGACGAUUCCGAUUCCGAUUCGGAGUCGAGAAGAACCGAACAGCGCGAGCUUCUGCAGUCUAUCGUCCCUUUCUUCCCGACGGAGAAAGCGGCGUUUCCGAUCAACUUCCUCUGCUGCCUCCUCCGGUGCGCGAUCUUCCUCCACGCGUCGAGCGCGUGCAAGCGCGAGCUCGAGAAGCGCGUGACAGAGAUCCUGGAGCACGUGACGGUGGACGACCUCCUCGUGCUCACGUUCUCCUACGAUGGCGAGAGGCUCUUGGAUCUGGACAGCGUACGGAGAAUCGUCUCCGGCUUCGUGGAGAGGGAGAAGAGCACGACGGUGUUCAACGCCGGCGUCAACUUCAACGAGAGCUUCUCCGCCGCGAUGCUGCGCGUGACCAAAACCGUCGACACGUACCUUGCCGAGAUCGCUGCGUACGGCGAACUCUCCAUCUCUAAAUUUAACGGCAUCGCCAUCCUCAUUCCCAGAGGCGCAAGGAAAUCCGACGACGAUCUAUAUCGCGCCGUUGAUAUCUACCUCAAGGUGCACCCGAACCUGGACGAAAUAGAGAAGGAAAAGGUGUGCAGCGUGAUGGACCCGCUGAAACUGUCAUACGAGGCGCGUGUGCACGCGUCCAAGAACAAGCGGUUGCCAUUGCAGAUUGUGCUUCACGCGCUGUACUACGAUCAGCUACAGCUUAGGAGUAGUACGGCGGUGGAGGCGAUGGCGGAGAGGAGGCAGUUGCGGGCGGACGUGUCGUUGGUGAGGGAGAACGAGAAGUUGCGGUCGGAGCUAAUGAAGAUGAAAAUGUUCAUUUCCGAUUUGCAAAAGAAUGUCCACGGAACGUCGUCGUCUGGGAGGGAAACUCUGGGGCCCACCAAAAAGCCCACGUUCUUGUCUUCCAUGUCCAGGAAAUUGAGCAAGCUCAACCCCUUCAAAAAUGGUUCUAAGGACACCUCCCAUAUUGACGAUGCACCCCUCGAAUUGACCAAGCCCAGAAGGAGAAGGUUCUCCAUUUCCUAGAUUCCUUUUCUUCACCAAAUUUCCAUGCUUUUUUAGUUUAAAUAUAUCCCUUCGUCAAAAUCUUUUUUUAUUUUUUUUAUUUUUAAAGUAGUUACAUUUUCUUUGUUGAUUGCUAUUUUUUUUAAUAUUUUUUAUGAAGAUGUCAUUUUGUUAUUAAGAAAGAAACAGGCGUGAUUUGAUUUUAUCAUAUUUGUUUGUCAAAAUAAAUUAAUGCUGUGAUGCACUUUAUCUGAGUAGGAUGAAUUAAUGAGAAUUAUAAU